AUGUUCAGCAGACGUUUGAGGUCAGCUUUCUGGCAGCCUCGGUUGUCUUUGUUCUUGUUAUGCACUGCAAGUCUCUUGAGCACAGAAUUCAAAUGCACGCGAGCGGUGCAGGUGACGUCUACAGGCCCGCAGACCAUCCAGAAGGCCGAGGGGGAGAGCGUGACAUUGGGCUGCAGUUACACACUGAACACUUUAGACACUGGAGAACUUGAUAUUGAAUGGUCAGUGGUCAGCCCGGACACUACACAGAAAGAUCACAUGCUCAUUUCUUAUUCCAGUGGCAACAAAUAUGACCAUCGUAACCACGCUCUUGUAAAUGGGCUCAGCUUUGCCGCUUAUGAUCCCUCGCUGGGUGAUGCUUCGCUCUCAAUCGCUCUGCUGUCACCUGCUCACAGUGCUACCUAUCAGUGUAAAGUGAAGAAGUCACCUGGAGUGGAUAUGCGGAAGGUGUCACUGCUGGUCAUGGCGAAACCGUCUGUGCCUAAGUGCUGGAUGGAGGGAGGGGAGCUGGUUGGCAAGCCUGUGUCCCUGCACUGCAAGUCUGCACAAGGCUCCACUCCCUUAAAGUACACAUGGAGGAGAGAAAGUGGUGGCCUCCUGCCUGCUGCAGCCACACAGAAUGUAGUGACUGGGGAGCUGAAAAUCAGCAACCACUCGCAGAGCUUUGCAGGAAUCUACCUUUGUGAGGUGAACAAUGCCGUCGGAGCCGAGCACUGCAGGAUCAACCUGAAAGCGAACAAGCCUCCAAACAGAGCGGCGGUGAUAGUCGGCACAGUGGUCGGCUCCCUGCUCCUCAUCUUCAUCCUGCUGGUCUUCGUCGGGGUUCUUUACUGGAAGUGGAGUAGCAGACGUCGCUACGAGAAGGAGUUCUCCAAUGAAAUCAGGGAGGAUGUUCCGCCUCCUGAGAGCCGCCCCGUCAGUCGCCGCACGAGCCGGAGCGCCAGUCAGCAUCCACAGGUGACUUACAGUCAGGUGGGCGGCACGGAUGAUGGACGCAUACAGACCCCCUCCACAGACAGCCACAGACACACACCUGUCAAACACGCACCUGUCAGAUACGACAGCAAGUACGGAUACGCAGUGUGACUAUCAGCAGCAGAGUGAACUCAGAGGCCUUUAGCUCCUGCUGUAAUACUGGAAUAGAAGCUUAAAGGCAGUUUGGACACAUGAAACAGAAAAAUAUAGAACAGCAGGAGUCGUGUACAGUUUAAUUAAGUGAAUUCAAAGCUGCGCAGUGUGACCGUUUUAUAACACUGUUCAACUUAAUUAGGUUAGUCACGUUAAAAAGUUUUCUUCUUUUAGGACUAGAUAAUAAAGGCCUUAUCAUUGUUCAUUCAGCAUGCAGGUUAUGUGUCUGUAAAGAAGCUGAUCUUCAGAUUGUAGAUAUAUCUAUUUAUCUUUCUGUUAGAAGUUCUUA